AUGAAGACGAAAUCGCACAGCAGCGAAGAAGUAGCCAUCUUUGAAACUCGGCUGGAUGAGCUGCUUCAACGCUGCGUCAUCCGCAACCAACAAAUAGAGGAAAUUCGGCGCUUUGCCAGCCUUCGUCGACAGCAAAAGCAGCAGGAGGACGGUCGUCAGCGGCAACUAGUUCACGACUGGCUUCAGGUCUUGGCAGCGAAGAAUAAAACCAAAAUCCGAGCACAAAGAUUUAAUAUCCGUGAAUGGUCUUUCAAGAAUUUUAGUGCCUUCGCUACCAUCGCCAAAGAGGCUAUCAACCCCGCGUUCACGAUCUGCAUUAGCAAGUGGCAGCUGUGA